CAAGUAGAACACACCGGCAUAGACUUUCACAAGUCAUAGAAAAUACUGCCACAGAGAGGUCACUCUUCCAAGGAUACAUUUACAGGCAAGCAGCUUUUGAACAUGAAUGGUCCAGGGAUGAACCGGGACGGGCCACCCUUCCACCACAUGCUCCGCGCCUCAGGCCAGAGUGAGGUUUGGCAUGACAUGUUUCAAGACGCCAAGCUGAGGCAGUUCGGAUGGCGCUGCACCACCAGUGAAAGUGCCUACCACACAGGCACCUUGAUUGGCAACUGGUGUGAGAAGCGAUUUGAUACUGGUUACACUUCAAAAAGACGCCAGCCACUAUCUCAGGUUUCUGACUACUAUGAAACAACAUAUAGCACCGGCUUCAACAAAGACGAAAAGGCCAUUCGGAUGGUCCAGCAGCGCGAGCCAAGGAGCUUCCCCGGCCACCAGCCCGAGCUGAAUCCCCCACACAUGAACGCUAUCCCCAAGUCCUGCUACGGACAGGACUUCACCGCUGAGCGGAGGGAGUGCAACACAUGUGCUGGAGAAUCCUGUGAUGAACCCUCAUCAUCUCGCCAAGAGAACAUCACAGCAACCCACGAUGAUCAGUAGCCUACAAUUCAAUCAGUAUAGAUCAAGAAUCAUUCAUUUGCGUAAAUAUUUACGAAGUCAAUUUUUCCCUUUUAUUCUCUAUUUUUCAAAUGCUCAAAUUAAAAGCUGUAAGCAUUA